UCCCAGCUCACCAGAGGUGAAACCUGGAGCUGCCCAGUCCCACGUGAGUGCUGCUGCAUGAGCUCCCACGGCCUGGCAGCUCCCACGGCCCCCUGACACCCGAUGACUGAGCGAGCCAUGGGCAGCGUCCGAGUCAAUCGGUACAGCAUUGUCUCCACCGAGGAGGAUGGACACAAGGUCUCUACGCUGGGCAGCAUGAACGGGCACAGCCGGAACGGCAAGGGCCAUGCUCCCCGGCGGAAGCACCGCAACCGCUUUGUGAAGAAGAACGGCCAGUGCAACGUUUACUUUGCCAACCUGAGCAACAAAUCCCAGCGCUACAUGGCCGACAUCUUCACCACCUGUGUGGACACGCGCUGGCGGUACAUGCUGAUGAUCUUCUCUGCCGCCUUCCUGGUCUCCUGGCUCUUCUUCGGCUUCCUCUUCUGGUGCAUCGCCUUCUUCCACGGUGACCUCAAUGCACCGGUGGUGGCAGGUAGUCCCUCUCUGCUCAAGCCCUGCAUCAUGCACGUGAACAGCUUCCUGGGGGCUUUUCUUUUCUCAGUGGAGACACAGACAACCAUCGGGUACGGCUUCCGCUGCGUGACUGAGGAGUGCCCGCUGGCCAUCAUGGCAGUUGUGGUGCAGUCCAUCGUGGGCUGCGUGAUUGACUCCUUCAUGAUUGGCACCAUCAUGGCCAAGAUGGCAAGGCCCAAGAAGCGGGCCCAGACCCUCCUCUUCAGCCAUCAUGCCGUCAUCUCCGUGCGGGAUGGCAAACUGUGUCUCAUGUGGAGGGUGGGCAACCUGAGGAGGAGUCACAUUGUGGAGGCCCAUGUCCGAGCCCAACUCAUCAAACCCUACAUGACGGAGGAAGGGGAAUACCUCCCCCUGGACCAGCGGGACCUAAAUGUGGGCUACGAUGUGGGUCUGGAUCGUAUAUUUUUGGUCUCACCCAUUAUUAUCGUUCAUGAGAUUGAUGAGGAGAGCCCCCUCUAUGGGAUUGGCAAGGAAGAGCUGGAGACGGAGAAUUUUGAGAUUGUGGUUAUUCUGGAGGGGAUGGUGGAAGCCACAGCCAUGACCACACAGGCACGAAGCUCUUACCUUGCUAGCGAAAUCCUUUGGGGUCAUCGCUUUGAACCGGUUGUGUUUGAGGAGAAGAACCACUACAAAGUGGAUUACUCGCGCUUUCACAAGACAUACGAGGUAGCUGGCACACCUCGCUGCUCAGCCCGGGAGCUGCAAGAGAGCAAGAUGACCAUCCUACCUUCUCCACCACCUCCCAGUGCCUUCUGCUACGAGAAUGAGCUGGCACUUGUCAGUCAAGAUGAAGAUGAAGAUGAUGAUGAAGUGGGUGUAGUGUUAGGGGGCAACACCAAGGAGGAGGGAGGUAUCAUCCAGAUGAUGGAUUUUGGAAGCCACCUGGACCUGGAGCGGCUCCAGGCAACUCUGCCUCUAGAUACAAUCUCAUACCGCAGGGAGUCAGCCAUCUAACUCCUCCAGCCUCCCCGUUCCACACCCAUUGCCCACAGUCUCCUCUGUUCCAUACCCAUACACUGGAUAAGUCCUUUCACCACCAAAUAAUGCCUCCCAUGAUUGCCUCUCAGCCCCCAGAUACACCAAGGCCUGGAGCUGCUCAGAUACACUCCCUUUCUCAUGAGGAGUGAGGAUACGCUGCUCUUUCUGGGUGUGCAGCUUGGGCUAGAGCCCCUCUCCUGCCCCGAGACAGGAGGGCAGCAGGCCUGGUUUCUUGUCUCUGGAGAGGUGGCAGGAGUCCCUGCCUUCGGUGGACAGACUGGGACCCACAGCAAGUGUUUCUGCUGCUGAGGCAACAGCAGACUUUCUGUCACCUCUCACUGUGGGUAGGCCCCAUGGCUGUCAAGGGUCAUCGUCGUCACUGGGAGAGGAGCAACACCUAAGCACUGACCAGAUGAGGAUAGAAGGGAGAAUUUGGGACUAUUGGAGGGAGCGGGGAAGGAUCUCAAGGGAGGAGUUUACUUGCAUGUUUGUUGCUUGUUGAACAUGAUUUUGUAUAUAAAAGAGAAGGAGAACUGAAAUAGAUUUUUCCACGGCAAAUGCCAAGCUAGGAGACAAGGACGUUCUACACAGGCUGCUCUGCACUCUCCUUGGCUUUCAGUGUCUGUCACCUCCAGAAGCAGCUCGGCUCCAUGGACUCAGAUCCAGUUCUCCCAGUCCUCUUGAAAAACAUGUCCAGCUCCUCUCCUGAGAUACUGGCAGAGGAGGCAGGGCCCUGUGCUUACCACACUCAGACUGCUCCUUGGCACAGCACAGCUGGGAUGACAGACAGGUGACCUGACUGGACAGCAGACCCUCCACUUGCUCCUUUUGCCUCCUCCAUUCUUCUCCCUGAUGCCAUCCGCUGUAAAACAGAAUUUGUAACUAUUUAUUUUUAAUAAAGCCUAAUAUCCCAAG